UCGUAGCUUUUUCAAGCAUCACGAAAACAACGGGCUAGUGUGUAUGGAAGUGCAUUUGACCGAUUGCGCCGUAAUUAUAAUUCCCGGUGGCGUGUGAUGAGGAAUGAUUAAGAAUACGGAACUUUUUGCUUGAUUUUAAGGGGAACUAGUUAAGUAAGUUUAAAGCACUAUCAGAAUGGCAACUUUACAGCAGCAAGCUACUAAACUUUUGGAUUUUAACCAAAAACUGGAUAUCAAUCUACUUGACAAUAUAGUUGGGUGUUUGUAUUCGUCUGUUGGGGAUCAACAGAGAAUUGCACAAGAUAUUUUAUCAGCACUUAAGGAACAUCCUGAUGCUUGGACACGAGUUGAUACAAUUUUAGAGUAUUCACAAAAUCAAGAGACAAAAUAUUAUGCCUUACAAAUAUUAGAACAAGUUAUACAAACAAGAUGGAAAGUAUUACCUAGAAAUCAAUGUGAAGGUAUAAAAAAGUAUAUUGUUGGUCUCAUCAUUAAAAAUUCAUCAGACCCUGUUACAAUGGAAAAUAAUAAAGUGUAUUUAAAGAAGUUGAACUUGAUAUUAAUACAAGUGCUUAAAAGAGAGUGGCCUCAUAACUGGGACACUUUUAUUCGUGAUAUUGUUGGAGCAUCCAAAACAAAUGAAAGCCUCUGCCAAAAUAAUAUGGUAAUUUUGAAACUUUUAAGCGAAGAAGUGUUUGUGUUUAGUACUGGCCAACUCACACAAACAAAGGCAAAACAUCUAAAGGAUACCAUGUGUUCUCAAUUCAGUCCAAUUUUCACCCUUUGUCAAUUUGUUCUUGAGAACUCACAAAAUGCACCUCUUGUAGAUGCUACGCUGCAUACACUUCUUAGAUUUUUGAACUGGAUUCCUCUAGGCUAUAUAUUCGAAAUGAAGUUAAUUAGCACUCUAAUAUUUAAAUUUUUAAAUGUUCCAAUGUUCCGCAAUGUAACUCUCAGUUGCUUAACAGAAAUAGCUGGAGUGACUGUCAGCAACUAUGAAGAGCAGUUUGUGGCACUUCUUGUUCAGACAAUGGAACAGCUAGAGGCUAUGCUUCCUCUGACUACAAACAUUAGAGAAGCUUAUGCAGCAGGCAGAGACCAGGAACAAGUAUUCAUUCAAAACCUUGCCUUAUUUCUAUGUACUUAUUUAAAAGAGCAUGGGCCACUUAUUGAAAGGAGAGGCCUCACAAAUACUUUGAUGAAUGCACUUCGUUAUCUGGUAUUAAUAUCAGAAGUUGAAGAUGUUGAAAUAUUCAAAAUUUGUUUAGAAUUUUGGAAUGCGCUAGCUGCUGAUUUAUACAAGAUUGCACCAUGUUCCCAUUCUACUGGCCUUUACAGUGUAGGAAAAACUGUUGGACGUAAGACGCUUUAUGCUGAUGUGCUCAGUGGAGUUCGUUAUAUUAUGAUUUCCAGAAUGGCAAAACCAGAAGAGGUUCUAGUUGUGGAAAAUGAAAAUGGGGAAGUUGUCCGAGAAUUUAUGAAGGAUACUGAUUCUAUAAAUUUGUACAAGAAUAUGCGAGAAACCUUGGUCUACUUGACUCAUUUAGAUUACCAAGAUACUGAACGUAUUAUGACUGAAAAGCUUCAAAAUCAAGUUAAUGGCACAGAAUGGUCAUGGAAAAAUCUCAACACUCUUUGUUGGGCAAUAGGCUCAAUAUCAGGAGCUAUGAUGGAGGAAGAUGAGAAGCGGUUUUUGGUAGUUGUAAUUAAGGAGCUUUUGGGACUAUGUGAACAAAAAAAAGGCAAAGAUAACAAAGCUAUCAUUGCCAGCAACAUUAUGUAUGUUGUUGGGCAGUAUCCUCGCUUUCUUCGCGCUCAUUGGAAAUUUUUGAAAACAGUUGUUAACAAACUUUUUGAGUUCAUGCAUGAAACGCAUGAUGGUGUUCAAGACAUGGCGUGCGAUACAUUUAUAAAAAUAGCAUUGAAAUGUCGCCGCCAUUUUGUUACCACACAAGUUGGGGAAGCUUGCCCAUUUAUUGAAGAGAUCUUAAGUACAAUCAGUUCUAUAAUCUGUGAUUUGCAAACGCUACAAGUGCACACAUUUUAUGAGGCAGUGGGGUACAUGAUCAGUGCACAGGUGGACCAAGUUGCACAAGAGCAACUUAUUGAAAAAUAUAUGUUGCUACCUAAUCAGGUCUGGGAUGAUAUCAUUUCUCAAGCUUCACAUAAUGUGGAUAUCUUAAAAGAUCCUGAAGCUGUCAAACAGCUUGUAAGUAUACUUAAGACCAAUGGCCGGGCCUGUCGUGCAUUAGGUCAUCCUUAUGUUGUGCAACUUGGCAGGAUUUAUUUGGAUAUGCUUAACAUUUACAAAGUAAUGUCAGAAAAUAUCACACAAGCCAUUACAUUGAAUGGUGUGGUGGUAACAAAGCAACCUCUUAUAAAAAAUAUGAGGAUAAUAAAGAAAGAAACUUUGAAGUUAAUUGCGAGUUGGGUAUCAAGAUCAACAGAUAACAGUAUGGUGUUGGAAAACUUUAUCCCUCCUUUACUUGAAGCUGUUUUAGUUGACUACCAAAAAACUACAGUUCCUGAUGCAAGGGAACCAGAAGUUUUAUCAUGCAUGGCUGCCAUUGUUAAUAAACUUGGAGGGCAUAUAACAUCUGAAGUCCCAAAAAUCUUUGAUGCAGUCUUUGAAUGUACUUUGGAAAUGAUAAAUAAAGAUUUUGAAGAGUAUCCUGAACACAGAACAGAGUUUUUCCUGCUAUUACAGGCAGUGAACACACAUUGUUUCAAAGCAUUCCUAAGUAUACCUCCAGCUCAGUUCAAGUUGGUACUGGAUUCCAUUAUUUGGGCAUUUAAACAUACAAUGAGAAAUGUGGCUGAUACAGGACUGCAAAUACUGUACAGAUUGCUCCAAAAUGUAGAACAACAUACACAGGCGGCCCAAAGUUUCUACCAGACAUAUCUAUGUGACAUACUAGAGCAUGUAUUCAGUGUAGUUACAGACACCUCACAUGGAGCAGGUCUCACUAUGCAUGCUACAAUUUUAGCAUAUAUAUUUUCCCUGGUAGAAACUGGCCGUGUUUCUGUUGCACUUGGACGCACUCCAGAUAAUGUUACAUACAUACAGGAAUAUGUGGCAAACCUUUUGAAAACUGCAUUCCCACAUCUGACAGACAAUCAAGUUAAGAUAACUGUUCAAGGAUUGUUCAAUUUGGACCAAGAUAUCCCUGCCUUUAAAGAUCACCUCAGAGACUUCCUAGUGCAAAUACGGGAGUACACUGGCGAAGAUGACAGUGAUUUGUAUCUUGAAGAGCGGCUAUUUGCAUUUCGACAAGCACAGGAGGAAAAGAGACGGGUACAGUUUUCUGUACCAGGCAUUAUUAACCCCCAUGAAUUGCCUGAAGAGAUGCAAGAUUAAAUUAAGUUACAGUAAGGAAGGUUAUAAAAUGGCAACAGUUCACUUAACAUUGAAGCAAUAAAAUAUCUCAAGGUCACAUCUAUUUUGUUCUUCUGAUUUAUUUUUUUAAACAAGAUUUGAUUGUAUACUGUACAGUUUUUUCUGAUUUGUUGUAUGAAUUUCAACUUUCCUAAGAAAAUUAAUUAAUAUUUAUAUAAGAUAUAGAUAAUAAUUUAAAAAAUAUUUUGUUUUCGCACCAGUAAUUAUUUUUAUUAAUUUUAACAAAAAACGUAUAGGUAUUUGUAGUUUUCAUUUCAGUUUAACGUAGGCUGCCCUGAAAAGGUAAAUUCUGUGUGUGUGGUUCUGAUUGUAGGCUACAAGCUGCCUGCAAACCACAUAUUUUUGUUCAGUGGACUGUUUUCAUUAAUACAAACUAAAGACUCUUGUGCUUGUUCAAAUUAUACCUUAUUAUGUCAGUAUGUACAAAGGAUCGCCUGGAACAAUGGAAGAUGAUGAAUGUAAGUGACAAGGUUAUACCGAAAACCCCGAAAAGGUUUAUUUUAACAGCACAAGAUGUAGAAUAUGGCCUUUUUUAUUCAUAGGGAAAAAUCAUACAAAAUCUACAUUGCUAGAGAAUAAUUCCAGGAAUAAGUUUUUCUGUUUUAAUAAUAACAUUAUACAAUGGUAUAUUAAGAAAUCUCUGUGAUUGACCCAGUGUUGGAUGUUCAACAUGUUACGCUAUGGAAUCUGAGUAUUACGUCACAUGAGUAGAGGGUAGGUAAAGUUUAAAAAAGUGAAUUGCUGUUAGUAUCUUCUUGUUUUGUUUAAUGUUGUCAUAACUAACUAUAAUAAAUUGGGAGCCUUUCCAAUAGCGUUUUGGGUCCGAUGAAUUGUCGAAUCUUUCAAUUUGUGUUUGAAAUAAACAGAUAAUAAUAUA